AUGCUCGAAGACAUGACGCCCCAUCUCAACUUCCGCCUCGCCAGCCUUGACCUCGCCUUUUCCGCCUCCCCUUCAGCUUUCAACUCGAAAGCGCCUUCCGAUACCACGCUUUGGGCGUAUGGCGUGGCUGGCGUGGACGUCGAAGGAGGCCGUUCCUCAAAGGUUCGCGGUGUCGGUAGCGGAUCAAUCAUGGAGGGUGCUUCCGACGUUGCACGGGGUCUGUACGAGGCGGCGUCCCUCGUUCCGGACAACGAGGCCGCAUCAUGCGCUUCUCCCGGCAAAGUCGUACGCUCAAAUGCCCUCGGGGUGGCAGCGUGGAUAUUGGCCGUGACUGUUGGUGUUGGGGUCUGUGGCUCCAUCAAAUAUGCGUCGGAUGCCGCGCGAGACCGGUACAUUGGCAUCGCCCUGACAUCGGUCGGCGACCUUGCCUCUGAGGGUGAGGUUGGCACGUUGGGCCUAGCUUUCUCGCUGGGCCUAGCCUGGACCCACGGCGACUUGAAAAUAAACGGUGAAAAGCGCCACCACCGUUGUGGCGUCGAAACCGAUGCCAUCCUCGACAUCCCGGAGACCGGCCCCAUCGUUUCCAAGGUAGUCUACACCCAUUCAAAGUUAGAGAUUGAAAGCCGAGGUUUGAGAAAGAACCCAGUGCAGAAGCGCACCCACGACGAUCAGCGGGAUGCUAGCUACGAGCGGAAGCUGUAG